AUGCCAGGGUCAGGAAAGAAACAAUCAGAAGGGUUUAGGAACACCCAAAUCUCCUCAGCGGUUAAACUGACCCCAAACCACUUCUGGGAAACCACCGGUAUCUACUGCUUUGAGGAACUCUGGAUGCUCGUUAUGCCAAACGCUCUCAAACCCCCGGGUUGUGAAGCGGAAGCCAAAGGGGCGAAACCAGCGGAGCCAGCGUGCACGGACCCUGCCCCGCGGUCCAACAGGGGUGCCUCCGGCCCGGGACAGCGGGGCUCCCGGAGCCCGAAAGCCCCACGAGCGGCGACAGCAGGGCCCGGCGCUGACGAGCGGAGGAAGCGGGUACAACGGCGCCGCCGUCGGGACCAUGCCCCCGAGGGCCCCGGAGCGCGCGGCCGCGAGGGGCGGCAAGCGGCGAGGCCCCAAGCCGGGGCGAGAUGGCUGUCCCCCCAGCCUGGCCCCGCACGGCCCCCCGAGAAGGGUGGGAGUGGGAGGCUGUCCGGGAGGGCGAGUGUGGAAGGAGAAAAGGGCCAAGGGAAGGACUUACUUUCCCCGCGGGACCCGGCGCCAGGACAGCUUCUCCCGGGAGGUGCGAGUUUGAAGGACCAGAGGCGACUGGAGCGGAGGCGGCGGCGGCGGCGGCGGCAGCAGCGGCGUCCGGCUCUGCCUACCUCCCCGCCGCCAUCUUGA